AUGGUAAUAUUUGCUGAAAGCAUAAUUUUCAACCCUGAUUACCAGCCUCACCACCAACUGGAAAAUCAGCCAGGCUAUGAUGGCUGUCUGGCCACGGUUUCAGUAUCACAAACAUCACCCGAGCAUGAACUGGAUUACGUCUAUGACCCCGUAAACCCUCUGCGGUUUGUCAAGACCCUUCUGAAUGUUGAAGCGGGCUGUCACCUAAGGGGUGAUGUGUGGGAGGAGGACACUGAUGCUACCUGUCGUCCAGUUGCCACAACAGUCGCAUUUUCUGAAUCCGAGCGUGGUUGCGCGGUCCUCGAAUUUAAUCCUUUGCGCAACACAACAAAAGAUGCAAUUGCUUUCGGAAUCCAGACAAAACAUCGCGAACCGAAGCGCUCUGUACUGCGGCUGACAUACAAUAUGGGAAGUGGCAUUCAAGUUCUCCAGGACAGUAGCAUUGACCUCGCGGACGGUAAUUUUCAUGUCAUCCGAGUUGUGCGAACAAUGUCAACAGCCAAGCUGCAAAUCGAUUCCGAGGAUGUCCUGGAGCGUCAUAAUCCCAACGCAAAUGGCACAGACUUUAAUGAAGUCCAUCAGCUCUUUAUUGGAUGCGAUCCGACAACACUGAAGUCUAGAAAUAGUGAAGCGUUUCCGUCUUGGACAAAAGACUCUGCACAGAACAGAUACUUCGUCGGUCAUCUGACAGGUUUAACCCUAAAUGGGAUUUCAAUCGGUGACAUUCUAAUUGGUGAAUCUGUUCCCGGCUUAUAUGUAAAGAUGUCCCAAGCCCUGGUAAUUGAUCCCUCAUUUACGCCUAACCUGCGACAGUCCUCCUAUCUGCCGGCAAACGAUAUGGAAGCUAUUCAGCCGAUUGUUUCCCGAUCGCCAAGUACCAGAGCAAAUCCUCUUGUCAUUGCAAAACCGACGUGCAUUGAACCGGAGGACUACAGCAAACUGGCUAAUUGCAAACCCUCCAAUCCGCAUGGAAUCGUCCAACCGCGCUGGAAUCUGCCCCCGCUGGAGGCAAAGGACAACGGUCGCUGGAAUAAAGAACAGUACGCUAUUGUUUUGCUAAUUUUUUUGUCCCAAUUGAUAUAA